AUGACACCUUCUAUCCUCCACUCAAAUCCACCUUCUAGACCAGGCUCACCCUCUCGACAACACUCGCAUUCUUCCAUUCCCACGAGACAAUCGACACUCGAUGAUGAGUCGAGUACGUUCCCAUUCGCAAGCAGUCCUACGCAUGUCACUGGCUCGUUGAGUGGUGCAAGCGAUGGUUGGGGCGGUAUGAAUGGACAUCAUAAUGCUGGCUCUGGGCCUGGAUCAUCCGGAGCUAUCACGCCAGGCUUGGAACAUGAACAACAGUUGGACAUUGUACUCGACAAUGAUCAGCUUGUCAUGCGUGGACAAGGCAGCGAUAUGAAUCCAACGUACUUGACGGGCAAUGUAGAGCUCAAUCUGAGUUCGUCAAUGAACCUAAAGGAUAUCACCAUGCAAUUGACUUGCAAGGCAAAGGUUCAAUUCACGGAUCCUACGGGAGGCAAAAGCCACCACAAUUCCCAGGUCUUGUUCAAUCAUGAUUGGUCAUUCCUCCAGGGGGACAAGAAACACAACCACACUCUCAAAGCGGGUCAUCACUCGUUCCCUUUCUCUCUCAUGCUCAAUGGUGAUCUCCCAGCUUCAUUGUCAACCCAGAAUCAUGAUGCGAUCAUCGUCUACAAACUCCGAGCGACCGCCAUUCGAUCAGGUCUGGCGUCAAACCUCCAUGCCUCCAGAAUAUUUCAUGUCCAUCGGACAUUCACCCAGGACGCACUCGAGUUUAAUCAAACGCUCGAGAUUGAGAACACUUGGCCCGGGAAGAUCAUGUACGCCAUCACGCUCCCGUUCAAAGCGUACGCUGCGGGUGACGAUAUUCCCGUGUUGGUCAAAUUCAUGCCUCUGGCUAAGGGCGUCAAGGUGACUUCAGUCACCACCGAGAUCCAUGAGACCGCAACGAUACAGACAAAGUACUCUUCACGGAAUGCCUCGAGACGAGUCACGACUGUUCGGCAUGACUUGUCGUCUGGCAGACCGGAAUUGGUGAACGAGGAACCAAGUCAUCCGCCAUUGGGAUGGAGAGGACAGACCAUCACCAAUUCCAGACCAUCUCGACCGACCUCUCCUGCCCCUCCUGGAGAUUCCUCCGACGAGCAGAUUGCUCAGCACAUGGAAAGGGGAGAUGACGAAGUCAGCGCCUUCCUCUUCGCGGCUGUUCCACCUUGGACUACACCUACUCAUACCGUCUCCCCCGUUGUCAUCUCUCACAAGAUCAAGUGGUCUUGUAGCAUCUCCAACUCGGACGGUCACAUCUCUGAGCUUCGAUGCGCCCUUCCUGUCAUCAUCCUGGACAACUCCCAGUUGACAGAUGCCCACGCCGCUGGAGCGACGACUCGGAACCUUCUUUUUGGUCGAGCGGAAGAAGAUGCUCCGAUCGACCUGCCAAGUUACAGCAAUCAUGUCUAUGAUCGAAUCGCCGUCGCUGAAUCCUCAUCGGCAAUGUACGCGGCUCGUUCUGGCCAAUCGUCCCUCUCCAUCACUCCUCCCGUCUCGCGACCUGCGUCUAGACCUUCAUCUCCACUACCUGAGGAGGACGAGGAAGAUGAGCAUGGAUCAUCGGCGAGACCAAGAAGGCAGCUAUCGUAUCGCGAUGACCAAGAAUUGCUGCUCUCCCUCGGCGCCUUGGUCUCACACAAUUCUUCACCUCGCGAUACUCCCAGCACGUCGCGCGGUGCUUCUCGUCACUCCUCGCGACCAAAUUCUCGACCUCCAAGUCCUGAACGAAGGGGAUCAUACAAUGCAGCUGAGGGUCAGCACAGUAGUCACACUGGUCGUCAUUCUCAUUUCAAAAUCCAUCUACCAGCUUUCAAGCCUCUCAGCAAAAAUAGCAGUAAACCCAUUCUGCGCAACUUCUCAAGCUCUUCUUUGAGCGCAGGAGGAGAUGCCAUGCGACGAUCCAGUUCUUCCACUUCAGUUCCUGAUCACUCGAGAUCGCCUCACGUCCAUGGAUCUCAAUCGGUCCCCAAUGGUACUCAGACGCCGAAUCUACCGGCAGGAGCUUCUGCUGUAGGAGGAGGUUCCACCAGUCCAGGCAUGGGUCCCACUACUCGAGCUCACGGAAGAGUUCAAUUCGCGAAUGAAUGUGCAGGACAUGAUCGACCCAAUCGAUCACGACAACAAUCCCAUGCUUCAUUCACCGUGACACCAGAAGACGAAUCGCAAGAUCCGUUAACUCAAGUCCCUUCAUAUGCCAUUGCUUCGAGGGGUUUCCUCGGUGGUGGUGUCGUACCGUUGGACAGGGGUCUCCCCACUUACGAUGCGAGUGAAAGAUCUACCGCCAAUUCCGUGGUGAACUCCAGACGAAACAGCUUUGUGGGCACUCCAGCCAGUCAAGACGAUCUCGUUAGACCAAUGAGCGAGACUGCUUUGGUGGAUUUAGGCGAUCAGCCAGCCCAGUCUGCGUAA